CCUGGGCCUGGGGGCCUGGGGCCCCGGGCCGACCUGCGCUCAGAGACCCCGGGACGGGCUGUUCCUGGGAUCGAGGACUGGAUGCCCUCCUAGGGUUCUGGGGAAAGCCCGGGGUGCAGGGGUCUGCGCCCUCGGAGCUGAGAGGCUUGGGUUCUUCAGGAUGCCAUGCUCCCUGGUGGGCUUAGAAUUGCCGAGACCUCAGGCGCGGGGCGCGGGGUGUCCAGAAGACAGAACCUGGGUGUCUCCGAUCCUCGGAACCCGUGGUUUCACUUCUUAGGAGUUCUGGGGCACGCAGAGGCCCCAUGGAGGAGAGUCGGGGACAGGGGUACCUUAGGAUUGUCCCCCACCUGGAGGCUCCUCUCCUCCAGCACGCCCUGAUAGAAGGCUGGUGCCCAGGAGUGCCAGGGCAUCAGCUGGGGGUUCAGAAUCUGUUCCCUUGGAGAGCCUGGUCGGAGCCAGGCCCUAGUAGGAGAAGCCAUGCGGGACCUCGCUGCUUCAUCUGGGCUCUCUCCCUUCUUUUCUCAUGGAACAAGACCCGCCCCUUUGUAAUUUAGGAGUCGUCAGUAACCGAGUUUUUGGCAGCAGCGUGGUAUCAGCUGGUGGGGAGGAUGCCUCACCUUGGGAGAGCUCCAGGAGCCCCACUAAGCCCCUUCAGCUGACUGUGAACAUCCCAAAUGCUAACUGGUGCUGAAUCUGCCUCCAAGGCUCAUGACCUUCCAGGGAGGUGCCAUUCCUAGAGUAGAGAGGAGUACCUUAGGAGUUAAGGUUUCUGAGUGCAUCAUUUGAAAACCAACUGGGAAGGGGGACCAAAGUACUUAUCAUGAGGUUGUGGGAAUAUUGGUGUUUUUUUUUUUUUUUUUUUUUUUAAAGAGACAAGGUCUUGCUAUGUUGAGUAUUCUGCCUGCCUUGCCUCCCAAGUUGCUGGGACAACAGGCACCUGCACCACUUCAUCUGGCUCUUUUUUCCAACUGUUUUUCUAAGAUUUUUAUGUAAAACUGGUUAUCAUAACGUGAAAGCAUAAACAGGAGAGCGUUGGCAGAAGGAUAGGGCUUCGAAAAUUGUAUCUGUUUGAAUGGCAUGCAUGAAAUGAAUGGGGGUAGAAGCUACCUCUCUCAGCCUUGUAAAAGCUAUUAAAAUGAAACAUGACCCCAUGACCAGUCCUUCUGCUGACCCCAUUUACAGAUCAUCCAUAGUGGAUACCUUUUGAUCAAUAGUUCUUGGUUAGUGUUCCUUGAAGGAGUUUUAUAUUUUGAAGAAAAGAAUCCUUAUAUUUUCAGGAUUAGUUAUUGCUAUGGAGUCAUUUCUCCCUACAUUUAUUUAACAGUUUCUUUAAGGGGUGGUUACCAAGCAUUUAGACAACAUGGUAACUUUUGGCAGAGUGGUAUUGUGGGCUUCCUUUCUGACUCAAGUAAAUUUUCCAUUCUCAUCAGUGAAAUCUGCCAUAUACCAUGGAGUGAAUGGAUUUGGAACAGAUUCCUCCAUUCCUUUUAUAAAGAGAAAAUGUAUUUUUCUGGAAAGGGAGAUGUCUCCUUUGUGCUUAUCCAAAUGUGUUGACAGGGUUGUGUGUGGUUAAUGGUGGGAAAACCCAGUGCAGAGUGAUGUGUUCCAGUUGAGUGCUCUUGUGGCGGGGGAGAGGGGGGUUAGAGUGAGCCUUAGGGGUAGAAGUUCCAAACAGAUAUUCACUUCCUCCUAAAAUGCCCCAUGGGAGCAGAUCCGAGCCAGCAAAAAAGGGAAAGCCAUUAGAGUGUCCUUUACUUACCCAAUUGUCUCUUCAACCAAAGGCACCCAAAAAGAAAGGGAGGAAAGGCAAAGCCAAAGGCACUCCAAUUGUCGAUGGGCUGGCUCCGGAGGACAUGACCAAGGAGCAGGUGGAAGAGCAUGUCAACCGUAUCCGUGAGGAGCAGGACCGUGAGCGGGAAGAGUGCAACUACUUCCAGCUGGAGCGCGAUAAGAUCCACACAUUCUGGGAGAUCACGUGGAGGCAACUGGAGGAGAAGAAGACUGAGCUUCGAAACAAAGACUGGGAGAUGGAGGAAGCUGAGGAGAGGCACCAGGUGGAGAUCAAAGUGUACAAGCAGAAGGUGAAGCACCCGCUGUAGGAGCACCAGAACAACCUGACAGAGAUGAAAGCUGAGGGCACUGUCAUGAAGCUGGCUCAGAAGGGGCACCGCUCGCAAGAGGGUGCUCUGCGCAAGGACAUGAGAACAUUGAAGGUGGAGUUGAAGGAGCAGGAACUGGCCAAUGAGGUGGUGAAGAACCUGAGGCUGAAACAUGCUGAGGAGAUCACCAAGAUGCGGAAUGACUUUGAGAGGCAAGUUCGAGAAAUUGAGGCCAAGUAUGAUAAAAAGAUGAAGGUGCUAAGGGAUGAGCUUGACCUGGGGAGAAAGACUGAGAUCCACAAGGUGGAGGAGAGGAAGAACGGCCAGAUCAACACACUGAUGUGGCAUCAUGAGGAGGCCUUCACUGACAUCAAGAACUACUACAACGAUAUCACGUUCAACAACCUGGCCCUCAUCAACUCCCUCAAGGUGCUCACCUGGGUUGGACUCUUUGCCUGUCCUUGUUGUGGGCUGCAGACUCCAGCUCUCACAGUCCCCUGGACCCAACACUGCUUUCUGAGCAGAUGGAGGAAGAAGGAAGAACACCUGGAGAGGGAAAUGGCAGAGAUGUCUAUGCAGAACAGGUGUCUGGCAGACCCUCUGAAAAAGGCACGGGAGGAGAUGAAUGAGAUGCAGAGGAAGCUUGGGAAGUAUGAGAGGGACAAGCAGAUCCUGGUGAGCACAACAGCAUGUUUGAAGGUUACUGAGAAAGAGCUGAAAGACCUGCAGUGGGAGCAUGAGGUGCUGGAGCAGCGGUUCAUCAAGGUACAGCAAGAGUGGGAUGAGCUCUACCAGAAGUUCACUGCAGCCAUCCAGGAAGUGCAGCAGAAGACAGGCUUCAAGAACCUGGUGCUGGAACGCAAGCUGCAGACACUGAAUGCUGCCAUGGAGAAGAGGGAGGAGCAGUUAAAUGAGGUGCUGGCGGCCUCCAACCUGGACCCUCCAGCAUUGACACUCGUGUCCCGCAAACUUGAGGAUGUUCUGGAGCCAAAGAAUAGUACCAUCAAGGACCUGCAGUAUGAGCUGGCCCGAGUCUGUAAGGCUCAUAAUGACCUCCUGCGCACAUACGAGGCAAAGCUGCUGGCCUUUGAAAUCCCUCUGGACAAUGUGGGCUUCAAGCCUCUGGAGGCAGCGGUGAUUGGGCAGACGCUGGGUCAGGGCCCUGUAGGACUUGUGGGUACCCUAACCUAGCUACAUGCUUGGGGCUGCAGCCAACAGAACUGAUUAGGGACACUCCCUAGGUGACCCCCUCUUUCCAGGCAGUAAGUUUUUAAAUUUUAGAUUAUCAUCAGUGAAUGAAAAUUUUUCCACAUUUCCUUUGUGUCCUCUUGCUGGGCUCUGUAGGGGAGAACCACCUGCAGGAGAAUCUCCUUCCCUGGGGCAUGCCCAGCUUGUGCCACACUACACCUGAGUCCUCCAACUUCAGCAGCACUUUCUCUGACAGCCCCCUUGUUCACCUGGGGGCCAAGGUGGCAGAGAUCUAGCCACCCAUAAAUUGCUCCUGUCCCAAAGAUGGGAGCAGUUCUGCAGAUGCAGCGCUGUCAUUAGAGACCUGAGUGAUUCAUAGCCGCCCACAGGAAGUACUUCUGCAGAUGUAGCACUGAUUUUAUUGACCCAAGUCAUAGCUACCCACUGAGAAACUCCAGAGGGGGGCCAGAACCUCCCCAAGGAAGUGGGUGACCACUGAGUGUGGCUGGGCAGGCAUCCCAGCCAGAGCAAGGAUAGGUAAAUAGCUCCUCCAGCCAGGCUGGGCUCUAGCUACCUCUGUAGGUGGUGUAGGACCACGGGCUCAGCAGCAGAGGCACAUGGAACUUCUGGGUCUCCUUUGUGAUGGUGAAAAAAACCUGAGAGAAGCAGAGAAAGCACCAGAAGACAGUGAGGGACCACAACCCGGGAGCUACCUGACCCCAUGACUCCCUGGGAAAGCAGCCCAAAUGGUGGGGCAGGGUCAGCUAGAGCCAAGUGGUGGACUGCAACCUCCCUGAGGGCUGAGGAUGGGCAGAAAUCCUCCUCUGGGCAUGCUGGAUGUGGAAAAGGCCAGAUGAUUGGAGAGAGGGGGAGCAGUCAGAGAAGGCCCAGGAGUUGGAGGGGGGCAGAUGAAAAACUGUCUAUGAAGAGGAGAUGAGUCACCCACAGCCUGCCUCCCCCAAGCCUGACUGGGACAGUUCAUGGAUGGGCAUAUCAACACGGAGUCUCAUGACACCCGAGGUCCUAGGGUCCCCUUUCUUGUGGGAGCUCAAAGCAGGCAAGCUCAGGUGCCUGCCACCUCCCUGAGAGAGGUGGGACCAGUCUGUCCUUGAGGCCAGGCCGAAGACCUGGCCUGCAGGUCAGUGAGUCAGGGUCUCCAACCUCUCCAUCCCCCAUGGCAAUCAUCUCUAUGUAUGGAUAGAAGCUCUCCUGCCCCCUCUCAUUCCAGUAGCCCUGGGUUUCAAAGGACAGCUUAUAGGUGCCAGGCUUCAUCUGGCCUGUCCUCAGGAGCCCAGGGCAGCAGCCAUCUAGGUCUGUGUAGCUGGGGAGAGGAUGGGCUGAGAUCAGAUGCAGAGCCAGCUUCCCUCAGCCCUCCUGGGUCAGACCCCCGUGGGGGUCAGACACUCCACAGCCUGACUCAGACAUGGCUGAGCAGGUAGUGGGGCAAUUGUAGGGACGCUGCUACACUGCGUAUUUAGGAAAUCAACACAGAAGCAAAAAGGGAAAACUUCUUCCAUAGUCUACCACUUUGUAUUUGACAUAUGUUUCUAGAUUUUAUUCUAUGUUUAUAUGUUUGUUUACACGUUUUGUUUUGUUUUGUUUUCAAAUGCACCAUAGAUUAUGAUUCA